CCUUUAGUUUACGCAGCAUCAGGUGUUCUCGCGAGAACCAAACUGCCCUACCAGUCGCUAGUGCAAGAUGGAGAAGCGAAUGUAACACGCAUUCGAGAUAGUUUGCAAAGAAACUGCAUAGCAAGAGUGAAGAGAAUGGUGGCACACUUGAACCAAAGCAGUUUCUGGUAAUGUGACUGGAACAUGCUGUUAAGUGGGUACCACCGAUUUAUUUUCUGAGCAACAAACAGAUUAUCGACAAUGAAGGUCGACAGAAGCAAGUUAAAGAAGACUCCUACGGAAGCUCCUGCUGACUGCAGGAUACUUAUAGAGAAGCUCAAGGUCUGCAGCGAUGAGCAACUCCUAGUUGAACUGCAGCAUAUCAAGACCUGGAAUAUUGGCAAGUGUGAGCUGUACCACUGGGUAGAUCUAUUGGACCGCUUUGAUGGUAUUCUGUGCGAUGCAGGCCAGACAGUGGAGAAUAUGUCAUGGCUCCUGGUUUGUGACCGUCCUGACAAUGGACAGCUCAAAGCCCUGCUUUUAGCAGUGCUUAACUUCACAGCCCUGCUCAUUGAGUAUAGCUUCUCUAGGCACCUUUACAGCUCCAUAGAGCACUUAACCACUUUGCUAGCAUCAUGUGACAUGCAGGUGGUUCUUUCUGUACUGAACCUUCUGUAUGUGUUCAGUAAACGCUCCAACUACAUCACAAGACUUGGAUCUGACAAAAGGACGCCUCUACUAGCCCGUUUGCAACAUCUGGCUGAGAGCUGGGGAGGAAAGGAGAAUGGUUUUGGUUUGGCUGAGUGCUGCAGGGAUCUGCCUAUGGCGAAGUAUCCCCCCAGUGCAACCACACUGCACUUUGAGUUUUACGCUGAACCAGGCCCAGAGGUCAAAGUAGAGAGAAAGCAGACGAGUAGUAACACACUACACUAUAUUCACAUUGAGCAACUUGACAAGAUUUCAGAGAGCCCAUCUGAAAUCAUGGAGUCGCUGACCGUUAUGUACAACAUCCCUAAGGACAAGCAGACCCUGCUGUUCACACACAUUAGACUGGCCCACGGUUUCUCAAAUCACAAGAAGAGGUUGCAAGCCGUGCAGGCCCGACUGCACGCUAUUUCAAUACUAGUGUAUUCAAAUGCACUCCAGGAGUCAGCCAACAGUAUUCUGUAUAAUGGCUUGAUAGAAGAGCUGGUGGAUGUAUUACAGAUUACAGACAAGCAGCUUGUGGAUAUCAAGGCAGCAUCUUUGCGCACUUUAACUUCUAUUGUCCAUCUGGAGAGGACACCUAAACUUUCCAACAUCAUCGACUGCACAGGCACUGCCUCCUACCAUGGCUUCUUGCCAGUGUUAGUUCGAAACUGUAUACAGGCUAUGAUAGAUCCUCUGAUGGAACCCUACCCACACCAAUUUGCCACUGCACUCUUCUCAUUUCUCUAUCACUUGGCUAGCUAUGAUGCUGGUGGGGAAGCCCUGGUGUCCUGUGGCAUGAUGGAAGCCCUUUUGAAGGUGAUCAAGUUCCUUGGUGAUGAGCAAGACCAGAUCACCUUUGUAACUAGAGCAGUGCGAGUUGUGGACCUCAUCACCAACCUUGACAUGGCUGCCUUUCAGUCCCACAGCGGCCUUUCUAUUUUCAUUUGCAGACUAGAGCAUGAGGUGGACCUGUCAAGGAAAGAGUGCCCUUUUGUCAUCAAGCCAAAGAUCCAGAGGCCUAGCGCAGCUGUUGAGUCUGAAGACAUGGACACAGACAUGGAGAUGUCAGAAGUGGCCAUGGAAAGCAGCCCUGGACCAUCAACAUCUGUUUCCAGACAAGAGGCUGACCACCGAGUACAGAGUAGUGCUACUAACACACCUCGUGCAGGUAUGCAAUGCAUCCCCCAGAGGGCAGCUCUGUUAAAAUCAAUGCUAAAUUUCUUGAAGAAAGCCAUCCAGGACCCUGCUUUUUCUGACGGUAUUCGCCAUGUAAUGGAUGGCUCCCUGCCUACCUCACUCAAGCACAUCAUCAGUAAUGCAGAAUAUUACGGCCCUUCACUAUUCCUGUUAGCGACGGAGGUCGUGACAGUGUUUGUGUUCCAGGAGCCAUCUCUGCUCUCCUCCCUGCAGGAUAAUGGUCUAACUGAUGUUAUGUUGCAUGCCCUUCUGAUCAAAGAUGUUCCUGCCACCCGUGAGGUUCUGGGUUCUCUUCCUAAUGUUUUCAGUGCUUUGUGCCUGAAUGCAAGAGGCCUGCACUCCUUUGUUCAGUGCCAGCCGUUUGAGCGCCUCUUUAAGGUGCUUUUGUCCCCAGACUACCUGCCCGCAAUGCGUCGACGGCGCAGUUCUGACCCGCUGGGUGACACGGCAUCAAACUUGGGUAGCGCUGUAGAUGAGCUCAUGAGGCACCAACCCACUUUGAAGACCGAUGCAACUACUGCCAUUAUUAAAUUAUUGGAGGAGAUCUGCAACCUAGGUCGAGCCCCUGAAUAUAUCUGCCAGAAACCAUCUAUUCAGAAAGCAGAUGGCACUGUGGCGGCACCACCAGCACGCUCCAGCCAUGCUGCAGAAGAAGCUUCAAGUGAGGAUGAAGAGGAAGAGGAAGCCCUCCAUACAUUCAGCCAGCAGCAGGGGGAACCAGAGAGCAACAGACAGUCAGUGCCACUUGAACUGGUGGUAGGCACUGAGGAGCGGAUACCCAUUCCUCUAAUGGACUAUAUUCUUAAUGUGAUGAAGUUUGUGGAAUCCAUACUGAGCAACAACACCACAGAUGACCACUGUCAGGAGUUUGUCAACCAGAAGGGAUUGUUACCACUGGUUUCUAUUCUGAGCUUGCCCAACUUGCCCAUAGAUUUUCCUACAUCCGCUGCCUGCCAAGCUGUGGCUGGAGUCUGCAAGUCCAUCUUGACACUGUCACAUGAACCUAAGGUACUCCAAGAGGGCCUCUGUCAACUGGAUAGUAUCCUGACAUCUCUGGAGCCACUUCAUCGACCAAUUGAGCUUCCUGGUGGAUCUGUUCUUCUCAGAGAGCUGGCUAAUGCUGGCCAUGUGACUGAUGCCACGUUGUCUGCACGUGCAACACCACUGUUGCAUGCCCUUACUGCAGCCCAUGCUUACAUCCUUAUGUUUGUUCAUACUUGCAGAGUAGGACAGAGUGAGAUCAGAGCCAUCUCUGUCAACCAGUGGGGUUCCCAGUUGGGUUUAAGUGUUCUCAACAAACUGAGUCAGCUGUACUGCUCUCUGGUAUGGGAGAGCACUGUACUGCUGUCCCUUUGCACACCCAACAGUCUGCCACCAGGUUGUGAGUUUGGGCAAGCUGAUAUGCAAAAACUGGUGCCCAAGGAGGAGAAGCCAUCUGGCAGCACUGCAGCAACUACAGCUUCUGGCUCCAGGAAAACUGCAGAGUCUGAAGCGACAUCUGUGGAUUCAUCUUCUAGUGGACUGUUGGAAGGCAUGGGUCUAGAUGGGGACACCUUAGCUCCCAUGGAGACGGAUGAACCCAGUGCAGCAGAUCCUAAGGCCAAAUCCAAACUUACACCAGCUAUGGCUACCCGCAUCAAACAGAUUAAACCACUGCUGUCUGCUUCAUCUCGACUGGGAAGAGCUCUAGCUGAGCUCUUUGGCCUGCUGGUAAAGUUGUGUGUGGGCUCUCCAGUACGCCAGCGUCGCUCCCACCAUGCCACAAGUACAGGCACAACCCCCACACCUGCUGCUCGCGCCACAGCUUCAGCCCUUACCAAGCUCCUCACCAAGGGUCUAAGUUGGCAGCCUCCACCCUACACACCCACACCCCGCUUUCGGCUGACUUUCUUCAUCUGCUCAGUGGGCUUCACAUCUCCUAUGCUGUUUGAUGAGAGAAAGUACCCAUACCACCUCAUGCUACAAAAGUUCUUUUGCUCUGGGGGUCAUGAUGCCUUAUUUGAGACAUUUAACUGGGCCCUGUCAAUGGGUGGAAAGGUGCCCGUGUCUGAGGGUCUGGAACAUCCAGAUCUUCCAGAUGGAACAGGAGAGUUCCUGGAUGCCUGGUUAAUGCUGGUGGAGAAGAUGGUGAAUCCAAGCACUGUGCUGGACUCGCCUCACUCCCUGCCAGCUAAAAUGCCUGGGGUAACACCCACAAUGCCACAGUUCAGUGCCCUUCGAUUUCUCAUAGUUACACAAAAGGCUGCAUUCAACUGCAUUCGAAGCCUGUGGAAUAGAAAGCCACUGAAGGUGUAUGGAGGCAGGAUGGCUGAAUCCAUGCUGGCCAUCCUCUGCCACAUUCUUAGAGGGGAACCAGUAAUCCAGGAGCGCCUGUCUAAGGAAAGAGAGGGAACAGUUCGCCCUGAUGACGAGGGGACCUCGGCUGCUGCUUUGGCACCCAGUGGGCCUCCAGGAGCAUCUGCAACUAGUGGCGAGGCACCUGCAGCAACUGGAACAUCUUCUGCAGGGCAAGCAGGAGUACCGGCUGAUGAGUCAACCAAUUCCACCCCUCGCCGUGAGCCCCAGGUUAAUCAGACUCAGCUUACCCAGCUUAUGGAUAUGGGUUUCUCAAGAGAGCAUGCAAUGGAGGCUUUACUGAACACCAGCACAAUGGAGCAGGCUACAGAGUACCUCCUUACGCACCCUCCUCCACUUCUUGGUGGAGCAGUAAGAGACCUAACGAUGUCUGAAGAAGACCAAAUGAUGAGGGCCAUUGCCAUGUCUCUUGGUCAAGAGGUCAGCAUGGAACAACGCUCAGACUCUCCUGAGGAAGCAGCACGUCGACGUGAGGAGGAGGACAGAAGAGCGAGGGAGCGGGCUGAGGAGGAAGAGGCUCGUUGCUUGGAGCGUUUCAUGGAGGCUGAGCCACUGGACCCCCAGGAGCUGCACUCCUUCACUGAUUCGAUGCUGCCUGGCUGCUUUCAUCUUCUGGAUGAGCUACCUGACACAGUUUACCGACUUUGUGACCUACUGAUGACUGCUAUCAAAAGGAGUGGUCCAGCAUACAGAGAUCUUAUCCUCGGCCAGGUUGUCCGCCAGGUGUGGGAGGCAGCAGAUGUGCUGAUCAAGGCAGCUGAGCCACUGACUACUAGUGAUACAAAAACAGUGUCUGAGUGGACGAGACAAAUGGCCACGCUGCCCCAGGCCUCCAAGCUGGCAACACGAAUUUUACUUCUCACGUUGCUCUUUGAGGAACUGAAGCUAUUGGGUGCCAAAGUGGUGGAGAGUAGUGGGAUACUUGAUUUGCUGAUUAAACUGCUUGAGGUUGUGCAGCCCUGUCUACAGGCUGCCAAAGAACAGAAAGACAUCCAGACACCAAAAUGGAUCACACCAGUGCUGUUGAUUAUUGACUUCUAUGAGAAGAUGGCAGUUUCUUCGAAGCGCAGAGAACAAAUGAACAAGUAUCUGCAACCCAAUGGGAAUAACUGGCGAUGGUUUGAUGACCGCUCAGGUCGUUGGUGCAGUUACAGUGCUUCAAACAACAGUACCAUUGACUCAGCGUGGAGGGCAGGAGAGAGCAGUGUCCGCUUUACAGCUGGCCGCCGUAGAUACACUGUGCAAUUUAACACCAUGGUUCAGGUCAACGAAGAGACUGGUAACAGGAGGCCAGUGAUGUUGACUGUCCAGAGAGUGCCUCGCAUGCCCAAGCCUACCAAGACUGGUAGCAUCACUGAUUCAGAGAGAGAAGAGCCAGAAAAGGCCAAAGUAGAGGAAACCCAGCGUAAUGUGGAUUCAGGGGGAGCAGUGGAGAUGAGCGCUCCAAAGGAUGAUUCCAGCCAGCUGAAGGAGAGUAUCUCUGCACCUUCAUCUACCCUGGAAUCUGAUUACUCUCAGGGCACGGAUAUUGUUGUGCAGGGCUUGACUGAGGACAUGACCACUGUUCUUAUUCGGGCUUGUGUCAGUAUGAUAAGUGUUCCUGUGGACCCAGACACCCUCCACGCCACACUGCGUCUCUGUUUGCGCCUAACACGCAAUCACCAAUAUGCUAUGAUGUUUGCUGAGCUGAAGAGCACGAGGAUGAUUCUGGGACUAACACAGAGCUCAGGCUUCAAUGGCUUCACCCCACUUGUUACCCUUCUGUUCAGACACAUUAUAGAAGAUCCGGCCACUCUUCGGCACACUAUGGAAAAGGUGGUGAGGUCAGCUGUAACCAGUGGAGCAGGCAGUACCACCUCAGGCGUGGUGUCAGGCAGCCUUGGUUCCAGAGAAAUAAAUUACAUCCUUCGAGUCCUGGGCCCUGCUGCAUGCCGUGACCCUGAAUGCUUUACAGAAACUGCUAGCAACUGUGUCCGUAUUGCUCUCCCUGCCCCCCGUGGAGCAGGUACUGCCUCUGAUGAUGAGUUUGAGAACCUUCGAAUCAAGGGGCCGAAUGCAGUUCAGCUGGUGAAGACUACUCCUUUAAAACUGUCACCCUUACCUUCUAUCCCCGAUACCAUCAAGGAGGUCAUCUAUGACAUGCUAAAUGCUUUGGCUGCCUACCAUGCUCCCGAAGAACCUGAGCGGCCAGAUGACCGUACAGCAGCAGCAGUGCCUGGUGGUCAAGAUCUGUGCCAGAUAUUGCAAGAUGUUGGUGAUGAUGUUUAUCAGCAGUACCGACUCACCCGGCAAGGCAGUGACUUUGACUCUCAGUCUGCAUUCCAUAUCAAUUCUCAGGUUUUCUCUGCUGAUGGAGCUGUGGCUGAAUCCUCUCAGUCUGGCACACCGCAAGGAGAAGGGACAGCAAUUCAUUCUGCUGUGCUAAACUUGUCAGCUUCUACACCUGAAGAAAUGCGAGAGGAGAAGAAAGAACAAGAGGGUGAGAAGGGUACCAACUCUGAUGAGGGUAAAGCAGCUAAGGUAAAGGCAAGCAAGCCUUUAAUGCCUACCUCCACCAUUUUGAGACUGCUGGCUGAACUGGUGCGCUCCUACGUAGGCAUUGCCACAUUAAUUGCCUCCUACUGCUAUACUGCUGGACAAUCUGAGCUCAUUAAGGAAGACUGCAGUGUUCUUGCCUUUGUACUUGACCACCUCCUACCCCACAACCAGAAUUCAGAGGACAAAGACACCCCAGCUUUGGCGCGUCUUUUUUUAGCCAGCCUAGCAGCUGCUGGAACAGGCACUGAUGCUCAGGUAGCCCUGGUCAAUGAGGUGAAAGCUGCUCUCAGUCGAGCACUGGCAAUGGCAGAAGGUGCUGAAAAACAUGCAAGGCUUCAGGCAGUGAUGUGCAUCAUCAGUACCAUUAUGGAAUCAUGUCCUUCCACAUCCAGUUUCUAUAGUACAGCAGCAGCCAAGACACAACAUAAUGGCAUGAACAAUAUUAUAAGGCUGUUUCUUAAGAAAGGACUGGUCAAUGACUUGGCUCGUGUGCCUCAUAGCUUGGAUUUGUCCAGUCCCAACAUGGCCAACACGGUGAAUGCUGCCCUUAAGCCUCUGGAGACUCUGUCCCGCAUUGUUAACCAGCCGAGCAGUCUGUUUGGAGGAAAAGGAGGCUCCAGCAAAAACAAAGCUGAACAUGACAAUGUGGGCACUACCCGGGACAGUAACAGCAACACUCAGGACCAAGGUGAAUCUGGUGAGGCUGAGCCAGUGGAGGGAAACCACAGGGUGCAGGGCACAGACAGCGAUUUAAUGGAUGGGGAGACAGAGGGAGACACUGUAGUCAUUGCUGGUCAACCAGAGGUUCUCAGCACACAGGCUAUGCAGGUUGAAAACGAGUUGGUGGAUCUCAUUGAUGAGCUACUGGAGCGAGAUGCUGGUACAGUCAACAGUACAAUUAUAGUAGGCCGCAGUGGUGAGGAUGAAUCACAGGAAGAUGUAUUAAUGGAUGAGGCACCGUCCAAUAUUAGCCAGGCAUCCACUCUUCAAGCAAACCGGGAAGACUCUAUGAACAUCCUGGAACCAGAGGAUGAGGAGCACACACAGGAAGAAGAUUCAAGUGGCAGCAAUGAUGAUGAAGAUAGUCAAGAUGAAGAGGAGGAGGAAGAAGAGGAGGAGGAGGAGGAUCAGGAUGAUGAAGAAGGAGAUGAGGAUGAUGACGAUGAAGGUUCAGAGAUGGAGUUGGAUGAAGACUUUCCUGACAUCAAUGCUGCACCACAUAUCCGAUUUGAAAGGUUUGACAGGGACGAUGACCUCAUCAUAGAGUUUGACAACAUGUUCUCUAACAAUGCUGACAUCCCUCCCUCCCCAGGCAACAUCCCCAGCUCCCACCCCCUUAUGGUGCGACACGCUGAUCACAGUUCCCUCACCCUAGGUGUUGCAGGCACUAGCAGUCGCCUAGCCCAAGGCAUGGGCCGCAGUCAACGAACACUGCGGCAACUCACUGCCAACAGUGGACACACAAUCCAUGUCCACUACCCUGGCAACCGUCAGCCCAACCCUCCACUCAUCCUACAAAGAUUGCUGGGCCCCAGUGCUGCUGCAGACAUUUUACAACUGUCUAGCUCCCUGCCUCUGCAAUCCCGUGGUCGGGCCCGCCUUUUGGUUGGAAACGAGGACGUGCACAUUAUUGCUCGUUCUGAUGACGAGUUGUUGGAUGACUUCUUUCACGAGCAGAGCAGUACAGGGGGACAAGCAGGCACACUCUCUAGUAUUCCUACGGCAUUAACUCGAUGGACAGAUGAGUGUAAAGUUCUGGAUGCUGAGAGCAUGCAUGACUGUGUAGCAGUGGUUAAAGUUCCUAUCCUGCAGCAUCUGGAGAGUCUGCGAGAUGAAGAACUAGAAGAGCGUAGGGAGAAGAGGAGAAGGCAGCUGGCUGAGGAGGAAGAGUCAAAGCAGAAUGAGAGGAGGGCCUCUGGAGCAGAACAGGCAAGAGAACAAAGCUUGCAGAGUUCUGGUUUGGGGACAGUUAAUGGUGCUGAAAACACUGCAGAGGGUGAACAGGCCCAGGGUGGUACAGUCUCAUGUCUGGACCCACCCAGGGUCUCGGAGGGCUUCCUCACUGCUCCUCCAUCUGGAGAGGUCACCCCAACCACACCUGCUCCUCACGAACAGGCUUUAGUCUCUCUUGAGACUGCAAUCAGUCAGCAAGUUCACCAGCCAAUUGCUGAUCUGCUACUGGCUGAGUCUCAUGCCAGCUCAUUGGUUGCUCUGGCAGGAGCAGGUCUUCCACAUUUGUCAACAGCUGACAGGCCAAACAGUGAAGUGGAGGCGUCUCAGAUGGAAAUGUCCCUGGCACCCACAAUUGGUGAGAGAGCCGGAGGAGGAGUUAGUGGUGGUGGAGGAGAAGCCUUGGAGGAAGGCAGGGAAGCCUCCUUAAGUCCAGAUAUUGUGGAGACCUCAGAGCCUGCGAUUGUAGGUGGGUCACAACUAGAAGGGUCACCAAUGGAUACCAGCAGCCCUGCCUCUGCCACUCAGGACGAAGCUGCUGCCAAUCCUGCACAGACCACCCAGCUCUCUCAGGAGUUGUCUGGUAGUGGGGAGAGUGGGCUGACUGACAGGCAGACAGAUGCAGAGACUGGCUCUACUUCAGUCUCAUCUCCUGGGGAAACGAUGCCUAGGAGUGACAGUGCUGACAGCCAGUCUCAGGCCAUCCAGGAGGAGCCCCUCCCCUCCACCAGCAAUGAGGAAGAGGAUCCACUUGCUGGCAUUAGUUUACCAGAGGGUGUAGAUCCCUCUUUUCUGGCAGCGCUUCCUGAAGACAUCCGGCGUGAGGUGCUACAGAAUCAGCUUGGCAUCAGGCCACCCUCCCGCCCUCCUGCCACCACAAACAUGCCUUCCUCUACUGUACCUGUGCUGGGAGGACCAGGGGUUACAGAGGUCAGCCCAGAGUUCCUGGCGGCUUUGCCACCUGCCAUCCAGGAAGAGGUUCUUGCCCAGCAACGUGCAGAGCAGCAGCGUAGGGAGCUCGCCCAGCAGCCUCCACAAGGAGACACCCCUCUGGAUCCAGUUACCUUUAUUCAGACGCUGCCCUCUGAGCUCCGGCGUAGUGUCCUGGAAGACAUGGAGGACAGCGUGUUAGCGGUCAUGCCCCCAGACAUUGCUGCUGAAGCAGCUGCACUGCGCAGAGAGCAGGAAGCACGUCAGAGGCAACUGAUGCACGAGAGGCUGUUUGGUCAUAGCUCGUCGUCUGCCCUUUCAGCCAUUCUGCGGUCACCAGCCUUUACCAGUCGGCUAGGAAGCAACCGUGGUGUCCAGUACACACGACUAGCUGUGCAGAGAGGGGGCACAUUUCAGAUGGGCGGAGGAACAAAUCACAGACCAUCCAGUUCCAGUGUGGACUCUCUGUUGCGUCUGCGAGGUAGAUUGCUACUGGAUCACGAGGCCUUGUCCUGUCUGCUUGUUUUGCUUUUUGUUGAUGAACCGAAGCUCAACACCAGCCGAUUGCACCGUGUGCUCAGGAACCUCUGCUACCACUCUCAAACGCGUGGGUGGGUCAUUAGGAGCUUGUUAUCCAUCCUCCAGCGUAGCAGUGAAAGUGAGGUGUGUGUGGAGACGUCACGCCUAGAAGACUCCCGUGGCAAGAGGAGCAUCCAGGGGGGUUGUGGAGGAAAAGGUGCAGCCACGUCCUCCCUUUCCACUUCCUCAUCUUCAUCUUCCUCUAUAGAGCUACUUAACAGGGUGGAGUCUCGAAGCUCCAGCCAGCUUUCCUGGCUAUCUGUUUCUAUGGACGCAGCCCUGGGCUGCCGGACAAACAUUUUCCAAAUUCAACGAGCAUCGGGUAGAAAGCAUGCUGACCGGCACUCAGCUGGCAGUUCUUCAGGAUCUGGAACACUGGGAGGAGUGGCAGGUGCUCCUGCAGGUGUCACGUGUGCGGGAGGUGGAGGUUCCACUGUUCACAUUCACCCACAAGCUGCACCAGUGGUUUGUCGACAUGUUCUGGACACUCUUAUCCAGCUAGCAAAGGUUUUUCCCAGCCACUUCACGCAGCAGCGCUGUAAGGAUCUGUCAGCAUCAUCUUCUGAACUGGACUCUCGUCUUUGUUCUGGCUCCUCUGGAGGAGGGGGUGGGGGCUCUAGAGCAGGAUCGCAGUCACAAAGCAACCCCAGUUCCAACGUCUCAAACACCCCAAAUUCCUUGGCUUCCUGUAUUAUUACUCCCCAGUCUCUAGGUAUCUCCACUGAUUUUUGGGACCUCCUGGUCAAGCUGGACAAUAUGAAUGUUAGCCGCAAGGGCAAAGCCUCUAUGAAGACAGUGCCUCUGGGGGGCAGUGCAGAGGCUGAGGGAGCCCAGUUUAGCCUGGAAACCUCUCCUCUAGGUCAGCUCAUGAACAUGCUAUCUCACCCCGUUAUCAGAAGGAGCUCCCUGCUCACUGAAAAGCUGCUACGCUUGCUCUCCCUCAUAUCCAUUGCCCUGCCUGACAACAAGGCUACAGAGGUGCCUGCAGGACACCCCACCCCACAGGCCAAUCCCAGCAUAGCAACCAGUUCAGGAGCCACAGUUCCAGUCACAACACCGGGCACAGUGUCUGUGGUGUCUACACAGCCCAUUGUGGCAGGCCCAGGAGCCUCUGUGGUGUCUACAGCCCAGGGUACAUCCUCAGGGACAAGUCUAGCAGUCUCGCAGACAUCCUCUACAACCAUCUCUAUACCUAUGUCCACUGGAACAAUCUCUACAGGCAAACAGAGAGGCAGUUCUGUCAGUACAGAGUGUGACAACAAGAUGGCCUCCACUGGACUCACAGAAAAACAGCUUCAGCUGUCUGUCGAGGUGUUGACUUCUCACUCCUGCUCAGAAGAGGGUCUUGAGGAUGCAGCUAACAUUCUGCUGCAGCUGUCCAGAGGGGACGGAGUGACCAGAGACACUGUGCUGAGACUGUUGCUCAGUGGAGCUAGGCACCUCGGAUACACACUGUGCAAACAGAUUGGCACGUUACUAGCCGAACUUCGAGAAUACAACCUGGAGCAGCAGAGACGGGCGCAUGCGGAUUCGCAUUCCCCUGAUGCCCCUCCUGAAGAUUCCUCCAUUUCAUCCAGACUCAAGGGCAAAAUGACAAGCAGGUUCGAUGGGUCGGAGAGUGUGGUGAUAGUGGCUGCACAGAAGCGCUCUCUGGGAGGUCGUGAACUGCAGCUACCCUGUAUGAGUUCACUCACCUCCAAGACAUCAACACAGAAGUUUUUCCUGCGAGUGCUGCAGGUGAUUAUUCAGCUCCGCGAGGACACGCGACGUGCCAACAAGAAAGCCAAACAGACAGGGCGAUUAGGAUCCACCAGUUUGGGCUCAGCCAGCAGCAUCCAGGCUGCAGUGCGUCAGCUAGAGGCUGAAGCUGAUGCCAUAAUCCAGAUGGUGAGAGAGGGUCAGCGUGCUCGCCGGCUCCAACAGGCCCCCCCACCCACCACCUCUGCCUCUGCUGCCGCCCCAACCACUGCUGGGUCCUCAUUGGUGGCUUCCCAUGCUCCAACUGGUGCUGCCCCCCCUGCUGGCACGGCUGCUGCUGCCGCCACGUCUGAAGUGCAGUCGAUGUCAGAAGCCCAGGCAGCCCAGAGAGACGACUCUCCAAUGGAUGUUGACCAGCCUUCUCCUCUAGAGCAAGACACGGCGACUUUAGAUGAAGAAGGAAAUGGUCAGUUAGAAAGUGAGGAGAGACUUCCAGACCUCCCUCUGCUCAGUGAGCAGUUACUGUUGGAUGAGCUGUGGGACAUGCUCGGAGAGUGCCUGAAAGAACUGGAGGAGUCGCAUGACCAGCAUGCUGUGCUGGUUCUCCAGCCUGCCGUGGAGGCUUUCUUCCUAGUUCACGCCACUGAGCGAGAGAGCAAGCCUCCUGUGCGGGACACCCGGGAGAGCCAGCUCUCUCACAUCAAAGACGAGCCUCCACCGUUGUCCCCGGCACCUCUUACACCUGCCACACCGUCAUCCCUAGAUCCGUUCUUUUCCAGGGAACCAUCCUCCAUGCACAUCUCUUCCAACCUACCACCAGACACCCAGAAGUUCCUUCGUUUUGCUGAAACUCACCGGACGGUGCUUAACCAGAUCUUGCGUCAGUCCACCACUCACUUGGCUGAUGGGCCUUUUGCAGUGCUGGUUGACUACAUACGCAUCCUGGACUUUGACGUUAAGAGGAAGUACUUCCGCCAGGAGCUGGAGCGUUUAGAUGAAGGCCUGAGGAAAGAGGACAUGGCUGUGCAUGUCAGGAGAGAUCAUGUGUUUGAGGACUCUUACAGGGAGCUGCAUCGCAAGAGCCCAGAGGACAUGAAAAAUAGGCUAUACAUUGUGUUUGAAGGGGAGGAGGGCCAGGAUGCUGGUGGCCUGCUGAGGGAAUGGUACAUGAUCAUCUCCCGUGAGAUGUUCAACCCCAUGUAUGCCCUGUUCCGUACCUCCCCAGGCGACCGUGUCACUUACACCAUUAAUCCCUCCUCUCACUGCAACCCCAACCACCUCAGCUACUUCAAGUUUGUGGGUCGUGUGGUGGCUAAGGCAGUGUAUGAUAACCGGCUAUUGGAGUGCUACUUCACCCGCAGCUUCUACAAGCACAUCCUUGGCAAGAGUGUCAGGUACACAGAUAUGGAGAGCGAGGAUUACCCCUUCUUCCAGGGACUGGUGUACUUGUUGGAGAAUGAUGUGUCCACAUUGGGCUAUGAGCUGACAUUCAGCACAGAGGUCCAGGAGUUUGGGGUGUGUGAGGUGAGAGAUCUUAAGCCAAACGGAGCCAAUAUCCUGGUUACAGAAGAAAACAAAAAAGAGUAUGUGCACCUGGUAUGCCAGAUGAAGAUGACAGGUGCAAUCCGCAAACAGCUGGCAGCCUUCCUGGAGGGUUUCUAUGAGAUCAUCCCCAAGAGGCUGAUCUCCAUCUUCACUGAGCAGGAGCUGGAGCUGCUCAUUUCUGGCCUGCCCACUAUUGACAUUGAUGACCUGAAGGCCAACACUGAAUACCACAAAUACCAGUCCAGCUCCAUCCAGAUCCAGUGGUUCUGGAGGGCCUUGCGGUCCUUUGACCAGGCAGACCGGGCCAAGUUCCUGCAGUUUGUCACUGGCACGUCCAAGGUUCCUCUUCAGGGUUUUGCUGCUCUGGAGGGCAUGAACGGCAUCCAGAAGUUCCAGAUCCACCGUGAUGAUCGCUCCACUGACCGCCUGCCAUCUGCUCAUACCUGCUUUAACCAGCUAGACCUCCCAGCCUACGAGAGCUACGAGAAACUGAGACACAUGCUGCUGUUGGCCAUUCAGGAAUGCUCCGAGGGAUUCGGACUGGCUUAAAUAAUGAAACCCUUAACACAUACAGACAUGCAUACAAACACGUGAUUUAGAUUUGCCUACUCCUGAUGCAUCCACACUGAUAAGCUCUCAACGCACACACAACACAUGCUCACUGACAUUACUGGAUUUAUUGUUGAAUGGCCUAGACUUACUGGUUUGUAUUCCAUAUAAGACAGGUAAAACCAGCAAGUGACACGGACUGAUUGAGAUUGCGUUACAACACAGAGAGCCUCAUUUUGACACUGUUGUGUCUCCCUUCCCAGUUUAAUGGCAAAUGCAAGAGUGGAUUCAGAGCAUAAACAUGGACUAAUAUAAGAGAUGUUUUCUUCAUUUAGUUUGAUUUCGCUGUACAAAGGUUUGGGAAUUUAUUAUGUUUAAUCUUUUUUUUUUGUUGUUUUCUGGCUGUGUAAAAAGAAAAGAGAAUGUUGUUUGAACAGGAUGGUUAUAAAACCUUUGGGGAAAAAUGUUGGUUGUUUCUUGUUGCAGAUUUGUGACCUCACAAGCCUUGACGAUGGGGAACCUUUUUAUGGGGGGUAUAUGAACAACUUGAGAAGUUUGAGAUAUUCACAAAAAUGCACUUUUCAAAGUUUUGUGGCAUUUUUAAGGACGGAUGGUACAAAAAAAUGAAGUGAAAACCUGGAGAUAAAAACAUUAACCAUAAAUUCUAGAGUAUUUUUGGCAAUUAAAUCGCUGACCCAGCCUUGAGCCUUUGAAUCAGAGUGGAAUAACUACAUGAAUAAAUGCAUAAAAUUG